AUGUGCAUCCUCGAUAUAUCUAAGACGUGUUUGUAUGAAUUUCACCACGAGUAUAUGCUACCGCUGUAUCGUGAGAAAUGUAAAAUUAUGUACACCGACACAGACAGUCUCAUUUACCACAUCGAGUGUGACAACGUUUACGUUGUUAUGAAGCGUGAUAUUAGCAAAUUUGACACUAGCGAUUACGCGGUCGACAAUGCAUACGGUAUUCCGCUCGCGAAUAAAAAAGUUCCUGGUCUCAUGAAAGACGAGAACAAUGGUGCCAUCAUGACUGAAUUCGUCGGGCUUAGAGCGAAAAUGUAUGCCUUGCGUGUACAAGGAAAGAAGGACACGAAGAAGGCAAAGGGUGUCAAGAGCAACGUUGUGGCAAGAUCCAUAAUGUUCGAGGAUUACACUCGAUGCUUGAACGGUGCAAUCGAAAUGUUGAGCAGGCAAUCAUGCAUUAGAUCAAAAUUGCAUGAGGUGUACACGAUUUCGGAAACAAAAAUCGCUUUAAGUCCGCACGAUGAUAAGCGAUAUAUCGUGCCAGGUUCCACCGAUACGCUGCCAUGGGGACAUUACCGAUGUAAAUAA